AUGGAGGUUCCAGGUUCAUCGAAGAAGAUGAUCGCAACACAAGAAGAGAUGGUUAAAGCUAAAGUACCACUCGGUUACAGAGAUCAAUGCGCUCAUCUCUUGAUUCCUCUCAACAAAUGUCGUCAAUCUGAGUUUUUCCUUCCAUGGAAAUGCGAAGACGAGCGUCACGUUUACGAGAAGUGUGAAUACGAGCUUGUUAUGGAGAGAAUGCUUGCUAUGAAGAAGAUCCGUGAAGAAGAAGCCUUGGCUAAACAGAAUAAAUUACAAGGGAAUAAUGGUGGUGUUCCUCUUAUCCCUAAAACCGCUAAUGCUUGA